GAUGGGCUCAGCUUUAUCCAGGGCUGUAAUCCCCCCUGCUCCGGUAAUUAAAAACUCCGCAUUACAAGGAAAACGGUGUGCAGGGAAAUGUAAUCAAGUCUGGAGGGGCUUAACCAUCUGGUAAAGGUUAGGACCGGCACGGCGGGGGACGCGGCCGGGGGAUUUGGCAGCCGCCGCGAUCCGGGCUCCUCUUAAUCUACCGCGGGGACGAGCACAGCAUCUGUGGGGUAAUACCGGUGCCCCGGGCAGCGAUCGGUCUCUCCUGAGCUCCCACCGCCGUUAACGGGAUCUCCUCGGAGCUGGUCUCCUCCCCAGGUGUGUCCGGCUCCGGUAAACAGGUUCUGCUGUGGCACCGGCAGCCGGAUUGCAGCCCCUCGCCGGGGCCAGCGGGGAAAGGGUUAAGUGGCCGCUGGUGGCCGCGGCUCGGCCCCCCAGCUCCGGGCAGGGCCCUCCCCCGCCGCCCCCGGGAGCCUGAAACUCUUUGGAAGUGUAAGGGGCGAGCGAAGACGAGGCGGCGGCGCGGGUGCGACUCCGCGUCCCCGGGAGCGCUGCGGGGCCAUGGGGGCCGAGGUAGGCUCCAGGCGGGGGCAGCUCUUCCUCCGCUCCCUCCUCUUCCUCCUGCUGGCCGGGCCCCCGGCGGGCGGGCAGCUGCGCUACGCCGUGCCCGAGGAGCUGGAGCACGGAGCCUUCGUGGCCAACCUGGGCGAGGACCUGGGGCUGGACGUGUCCACCCUGUCAGCGCGGCGGUUCCGCAUCGUGUCACGGGCCGGGGCCAGGCAGCACCUGGAGGUGAACCUGGAGAACGGGAUCCUCUUCGUGAACGAGCGGAUUGACCGGGAGGAGGUGUGCGAGGCCGGGGGGACCUGCCUGCUCCACCUACAGCUCCUCGUCGAAAGCCCGCUGGAGCUCUACCGCGUCGAGGUGGAGGUGCUGGACAUCAACGACCACGCGCCCACCUUCCCCUGGCAAGAGUACGUGCUGGAGGUGGCCGAGUCCGCCGUGCUCGGUGCCCGCUUCCCGCUGGAGAGCGCCCAGGAUCCCGACGUGGGCACCAACUCGGUGCACACCUACCGCCUCAGCCCCAACGGCUUCUUCUCCCUCGAGGUGCAGACGCGCAGUGACGCCAGCAAGUUUGCGGAGCUGGUGCUGGAGCGCGCCCUGGACCGGGAGCAGCAGCGCCUGCACCGGGUGCUGCUCACGGCUCUCGACGGCGGCGUCCCCGAGCGCUCGGGCACCGCGCACAUCCUCGUCACCGUGCUGGACGCCAACGACAACGUGCCUGCCUUUGACCAGCCCUCGUACGGAGUGAGCCUUCCUGAGGAUGCCCCCGCCGGCACGCUGGUCAUCCAGCUCAACGCCACGGACCUGGACGAGGGCCCCAACGGGGAGAUCGAGUACUCCUUCAGUGGCCACGCGCCGCCGCGUGUGCGGGAGCUCUUCCACAUAGAGCCCCGCAGCGGGCAGGUGCUGCUGAAGGGCCGCCUGGACUAUGAGCGGGCCAGUCUCCAUGAGCUCUACGUGCAAGCCAAGGACCGUGGACCCUCAGCCGUGGCCGUUCACUGCCGAGUGCUCGUGCAUCUCCUCGACGUCAAUGACAACGCGCCAGAGGUGACCCUCACUUCUGUGUCCACUCCCGUGCUGGAGGAUGCCCCCCCAGGCACCGUCAUCGCUGUCAUCAGCGUUCUGGACCGGGAUUCUGGGGACAACGGCCGUGUGAGCUGUGAGGUUGGCCCCAACGUGCCCUUCGAGCUCCGCUCCUCCUUCCGCAACUACUACACGCUGGUCACCACGCAGGCGCUGGACCGGGAGGUUGUGCCCGAGUACAACGUGAGCAUCACGGCGCGGGACAUGGGCUCGCCCGCCCUGCUGACCCGCAGCACCCUCACCGUCCCGGUGUCUGAUGUGAACGACAACGCCCCACGCUUCCUCCAGCCCUCCUACAGCGUCUACGUGAUGGAGAACAACGCGCCGGGUGCCUCCAUCUGCUCUGUCAGCGCACUGGACCCUGACUGCCAACAGAACGCCUACCUGUCCUACUCCAUUGCCGAUGGGCACAUCCAUGGCAUGCCUGUGGGCACCUACGUGUCUAUCAACUCGGACAGCGGGCACAUGUAUGCCCUGCGCUCCCUCGACUAUGAGCAGAUCCGCAGCUUCCAGAUCCAGGUGCAAGCACAGGACGCCGGUUUCCCCCCACUGAGCGCCAAUGUCACCGUCCACAUCUUCGUGCUGGAUCAGAACGACAAUGCUCCGGUCAUCGUUUCCCCCCUGCCACACAACGGCUCCGUGGCCACCGAGCUGGUGCCGCGAUCAGCCAGGCCUGGCUACCUGGUGGGCACAGUGUCGGCGGUGGAUGCGGAUGCGGGGCUGAACUCUCGCCUCUCCUACCAGCUCCUCCAGGCCACUGACUUCACCCUCUUCAGCGUGGCACCAGACACGGGCGAGCUGCGCACCCUCCGCUCCUUCCUGGAGCAGGACUCAACCCGGCAGCGGCUGGUGGUGCAGGUGAGGGACGGUGGGCAGCCAGCCCUCUCUGCCACCGUGUCCCUCCUGCUUUCUGUGGUGGAGACCAUGCCUCAGACCCUCUCCGACUUCAGCGAGUUCAGUCUCCCCCCAGAGGUCUCCUCAUCCUCCCCACUCACCCUCUACCUCCUUGUCUCCCUGGGCUCCAUCUCCUUCACCUUCCUCCUCGCCAUCCUCAUCCUCACAGCCAUUCGCUGCCGCGGAGAGCGGCGUUCCCGCCAAGGUGACAGCUGCUCCCCGCCCCGCUGCCACUGCUGCCCUGGGUCCAGACCCUCCUCUGAUGGCCUGAAGACUUCCAACCUGACGGCACAGCCCCCCGCGGGGACCGCGGCUGCCACCUGCCUUGACGUGCCUGCAGGCGGCCCCCCGGGCUACUGCUACAAGGUCUGCCUUGGUCCUGAGUCUGCUCAGAGCGACUUCAUGUUCCUCAAACCCUGCAGCCCCCCACGGAACAACGAGAAGGAUCCUGGGAAGCGGUCCCGGCCAGACCAGCAUCUCCAGGUCUCCAAGGAGGUCAAGCAGCCCAACACAGACUGGCUGCCUCCAAGCACACAGCGACCUACCCUGAAAAGCUCCCAGAGCCUGGAAGACGUGGGGGAAAUCCGCAGAGCCCUCCAGAAGGAGCAUGAGAGGCUGUGCACACUGGUGACUCCUGUCUCUGAGUUUCAGAAGGCUUCUGCAGGCCCCAACAGCAUCUGGACCUCCCAGUACAACCCCUUGUACCCAGGGCACAUCCCAGCCCUGGAUUAUCAGCACAACGUCUACAUCCCCGGCACCCCCACUCUGCUUUCCAGCAAGGAUGGGCCCCUCUUCCCAGGCAGGGAGAACAAGAACAGCUUCUCCACCUUUGGCAAGAGGAAGAAGAUGACGACUUACUGUGACAUGCAUGACAGUGUGGUUAUCAACAAUGACCUGAAAUAGCCUGGAUGGCUC